CCACCACCACCACCAUCACCGAGCCCCGGGCUAACCCUGAAUCAGAACCGGCAGUUCACAACGUGAACCGACUGGUAAAACCACGCGAAGAUUCAUGGCCAUUGGUCAACCAGCUUGACCGGGUCAGUCUGGGCCGGGUCGGGCCAUGCCCACCAAUAACUUUUUGGCGCGUUUGGCUUAGGCUCGCUAACAAAAUUCCGUACCACGAACCUCUCCAUCUUACGCGUUGGCGUGACUGGGCGAUAAUGGGGAACCGUCGGUUCGUGCCUUCCAGCGACGAUGAGGAUAACUCGCCGCCCGCUCGCAACUCAAACGGCGAUGUGAAGAGAAGCCAAAGGAAGCGUAAGAAGGUGCAUCUCCCAGACGAGGAGGAGGACGAUGAUAGGGAUAUCGACGAAGUAAAAUUGAGUGAGCUGACGGAGAAGAAGAAGAAGAGGGACGAGCCCGAGCCCAAGCCUGAGCCCGGUAGUGAAAAUGAGGAGCCAGAGGAUUUGGAAGCGCUGCCGGUGGGUGGCGUGGUUAGGGUUUCGGGCAAGGGGAGGGGGAGGCGGAGUCAUUACGCGUCCUUUGAGUACGACGGUCUUCAAUAUCAGUUGGAGGAUCCAGUGCUUUUAGUUCCUGAGAAUGGGAAUCAGAAGCCAUAUAUAGCCAUAGUUAAGGAUAUUGCCAAAACACGAGAAGGUGCUAUUAUGGUUACGGGACAGUGGUUCUAUCGUCCAGAAGAAGCAGUGAAGAAAGGAGGUGGAAAUUGGGAAUCGAGUGACACAAGGGAACUGUUCUAUAGUUUCCACAGAGAUGAGGUACCGGCAGAAUCAGUCAUGCACAAGUGUGUGAUACACUUCAUACCUCAAGAUAAGCAGAUUCCACACCGCAAGCAACAUCCUGGGUUCAUCGUGCAAAAAGUGUACGACACUGACGAGAGGAGGCUCUUCAAGUUAACCGACAAAGAUUAUGAGGACAAUAAACAGCAUGAGAUUGACCUUCUUGUACAGAAAACUGUUGCACGAAUUGGGGAACUUCCUGACCUUGAGGCUGAGGGUGCUACUGUGGAGCAUGAAGAUGAACUAAAAAGUAAACGACUUAUAAGGAAGAGGAACGUGUCACCUCUGGAUGUUACCAGGGUGGGUGGCGAACUUAGUAUGCCACAGUCGCUUAAAGUAGAAACACCUGGGAGCGCUUGUGGGACCAGUUCGGAAUACCCUUUGAUCCUGUCUAAUCUUAAGCUGCUGACCGGGGAAACACAGCGUGACAGGUGGUUGGAGAAGCUUUUUCAAUCCAUUCAAUGUGUUUGCAGUGCUGAUGGUAAGCAGAAAGAUGAGAAAGGACAGAAUGGAAACAAGAUCGACUGUUCAGACAAUAAAUCUCAUGAUAAGGCUGAUGCAUCAGCUGACUGGCCGAAUACAGCUGCUCAUGCUGUGGCUGCUCUUGAGAAAGCAGCUCAUGAAGCCUUCUCUGCAGAUUUUCAGAAGUAUAAUCAAAAGAUGCGGCAAUUGGCGUUCAACCUUAAGGUCGUGCUGUUGUUGAGUAAUGGUGUAUUAGCACGACGCCUUCUGAAUAAGGAGUUGGAACCUGCUCAAAUACUUAAUAUGUCGCCUAAUGAAUUGAAGGAGGGUUUAACUGCUGAGGAAAUUGCGAGCAGGCAGCCCGAGGAGCCCGGACACAUUCAGAUGACUGAUGCUCGUUGUUCGAGAUGCUCCCUAAAACAAGUGGCUCUGGUUGAGGUAUUUCAGACGGGACAUGGUGAUCGCUAUAAGCUGGAAUGUGUUCCUUGCGGCUAUUCCUGGUUUGCUUCCAGAUAUGAUACCGCCUCGUUGACAAUAGAAGCACCGAGUUCUGCAAAGGCUGCUAAGUUUGAAAAUGUCGAGAAAAACAUGGUCAGUCCACGUGGAGUUGAGAGUGAGGGGGGAACAAAACAACCAAUUGUUUAAAGAAACUAGGAUGAAUAUCUGCCUGUGCUGGAAAAUUAGAAAUCUUUCAACAAAAAGACCGAGGAAAAACAAGCCGUCAAAUAUUAUGCAGAGGUUUUGUACGUCCAUCUCUGUAAAUCACUUAACACUCCUUUUAAUUAACAUUUUUGUCUGGAAAAUGCUAAUUCAUACUUGUAGCUAGGGGAGACUUUUAGUGUACUGUGUAGGGAAGAUGGCACAUUUGGUGAAGAUGAUAUAGUUUAACUGAGAAUAUGAAUAGUGUUUUGUUUAGUGUAUUUUGGUAUUUGUUGAAUGGAGAAAUGUGUUACUUUCAAAAUUGAAAUAAUUAUAUACUAUUGAAGCUUGCCUUCAUAUGUCUGUUUGUAUGUGUGUGUUUAUAUAUUCAUGUGUUUAAUAUUGAAAUAAAUUGUAUACUGGAACGCAGAGAUGGUUCUAUGGUAGUAAUGUGGUGUGGUCUGUUAAAUGAGUUGACUUUGCA